CUUUUUCUUUACAACAAAACUUCAAUUAUUACAAUUAUUAAUCAAAUAUGGGAUCUAUCUUUUCUUGCUUAAGCGGAAUUGUCAGCUCUAUUGCCUCUCUGAUUUCAAGCGUGGUUAGUGCUAUUGCCGGAUUCUUCCAAACAAUUAUCUCUGGUAUAACAAGCUGCAUCGUUGGCAUCUUCAACGCUAUUGCCGCCUUAUUGACAUGCAGAUGCUGUGGUGGAGGAAGGCGAAGAGGAAGGGUGUAACAGUUACAACCAAUGACAAAUAGUAUUAUUAUCGACUUUUAUCAUUAAUACUAUAUUACUGCCAC